AUGGCGACGGGAGCGAUCGAUACCAUCACAAAGGGCUACCCAGCCCCUGGUCUUCGAAAUACCGAACGCUUCAUCACUGCCCACGGCGCCGACGGCAAGGGCUACUUUCAAACCUCGGAUCAUGGAGACCAUCACCGUGUCAUGGGCGAGAAGCAAGCGGUUAUGAACAUCUUGUAUUCGACUCAAGACACUCCAGUCGAUUUGAACGACGAUGUUGAUAUCAAAUUUGCGAAGGAGAACGAGCCAGGCCUCAACAUCCCCAACGGCUCCGUCGUCCGAAUGAUGGAUUUCGGCCCCGGGCUCGAAUCCAUCCCCCACGGCGUCAUCACCAUAGACUACGGCGUCGUCCUGGAAGGAGAGUUCAGACUGACCUUGGAUUCCGGGGAGUCUAGGAUCCUGAGACGCGGGGAUGUGCUCGUCCAGCGGGCCACGUCGCACAAAUGGGAGAAUAUCUCCGGUGGCGGCACCGAGUGCGGGCGUAUGUUGUUUGUGCUGCUGGGGUGUAAGGAUGUGGUGGUCGGGGGGAAGAAGAUAGAUGCGGAUCUCGGCGCGUUGGAGAAGGAGUAUGCGAGGGAGGAGAAGGCGGUGGGUGUGAAUGGGGGUUCCGAGAAGGCGUUGCAACCGAACGGACACUCUGCGGUGAAUGGAGAUUCCGCGGUGAACGGCAACUCUGCUCCUAACGGUGCGGGCAAGACAUCUGGAGUAGGCUUUGAAGAGACAUCACGAGCAGUAAACGGCAACACCGCAAACGGAAACGCAGCUCCCAACAUCGCCAAUUCCCUCUCGACCAAAACAACAUCACUCUGGACCAUGACAUCCCGCUGGCUCCCCUCUCGCAGCGCCGAUCUCGACUACUGGUGGCAGCUCACGGGUCCGCACAUGGCCAGCCUCUUCUCCGAAGCCGGCUACAGCAUCCACGAAUCCUACGAAGCCAUGGUCUUCUACUACCACGUCAUCGUGCCCCGCCUCGGCCCCCGUCUGCCCCCCGGGGGGACCCCGAAGUGGAAGUCCCUCCUCACCGUCGACGGCACCCCGAUCGAAUACAGCUGGAAGUGGAACACCAAGGACGGGGCGCCGGACGUGCGCUACACGAUGGAGCCCAUCGGACCCUUCGCCGGCACGAUCCUCGACCCCCUGAACCAGGAAUCGACAAAGGAGCUGCUCUACCAACUCGGCCAAGUGAUGCCGAGCCUGGACCUGAAAUGGUUCCGCCACUUCGCCGACGUCUUCUUCUCCCCCGACAAGGAAGCCUACGCCACGCAGACGGAAGGCCAGCUCGUCUCGACCAUGUCCCUGGCCUUCGAAUUCCUCAAACAGGGCCUCUCCGUCAAGGCGUACUUCGGGCCCAAGAAGAUCGGCCAGAUGAACGGCCCGCCCCCCAUGGACGUCUGGGCCGGCGCCAUCAAGGGCGCCGCGCCCGAGAGCGCCACCAUGGACGGCGUGGUGCGCUUCUGCCAGACGGACCCCGAAGGCGCGCUGCUGCAGCCCUUCAUGCUGGCGAUCGACUGCGUCGAGCCGAGCCGGUCCCGCCUGAAGCUGUACGUGCAGACGCCGCACACGUCCUUCGACAGCGUGCGGCGCAUCAUGACCAUGGGCGGGCAGAUCCAGGGCGUCGACCGCGGCCUCGCGGAGCUCGAGGAGCUGAUCCGCCUCGUGCUGGACCUGCCCCCCGACUUCCCGCCGGGGCAGCCCCUCCCGGCCACGCAGGGCUACUCGGUCAACCAUUUCGAAGAGGACCAGCACCUCGUGGAGGGGUACAUGUAUUACUUCGACAUCGCGCCGGGGUCGCCCCUGCCGGACAUCAAAUUCUACCUCCCGACGCGGCGGUACGGGAAGGAUGAUCGGAGUAUCGCGAGGGGAUUGACCAAGUGGAUGGAGGAUCGGGGGAGGGGCCGGUUCUCGGAGGGGUACAUGCGCGUGCUGGAGGGGUUGGCGGGCCAUCGGUCGUUGGAGGAGAGGGUCGGGUUGCAGACGUAUGUCAGUUGCUGCUUUCAGAAGGGGACGUUGAGUAUGACUACGUAUAUGAGUCCGGAGGUCUUUGAUCCGCAGCGGGCGGGGAAGUAG